ACGAGAGACGCCGCCAUGCUGCUCCGGUUGGCGGCCGUCUUGCUGUCCGCCGCUCUGGGACUGCGCCCACCGUCCGCUGCAGCGCAGAGUCCCAGUAGUAGUCUGUUCUCCUGUCCAAACGGAUGGGAACUGCGAGGUCUGCAUUGUUACAAAUUCUUUAGUAUUCCACAUUCUUGGGAGAAAGCUGUUGAGCUCUGCAGGAGGUACGGCAGUGACCUCGUGCUGGUGGAAUCUUACGCUGAAAAUAACUAUACAGCAAGUGUAGCAUUGCGGAGCCUUCAGCCAGGAGAUCACAGUAGUCAUCAAUACUGGCUGGGACUUGCUGCCCUUGAUGAUCUCCGUACAAAUACACUUGAGUCUGCUGCAGGGUUGCUGGUCUCACAAUAUGCAGGAUUUUGGGCAUUAAAUCAACCAUCUCCUGAGGAUGGUGAAUGUGUAGCUGUGAAGAUAAAUGAUGAAUAUCAGUCAUGGGAAUUGACAACAUGUGGAUCACUCCUCCCUUUCCUGUGCAGAGCAACAGCUUGCCCUGCAGGUUCAUAUCAUUGCUCAAAUGGACGAUGCAUUAAUUCUGCUUUCCGUUGUGACAAGCAAAAUGACUGUGGGGACUGGUCAGAUGAGCUUGAUUGUCCAUCAAACUGUCAUUUCUAUAUGGCAAGCAGUGGGGAUGUUGUUGAGAGUCCCAAUUACCCACAGAAAUAUGAGCCCCUUUCUGACUGCAAGUGGACUCUGGAAGGUCCACAAGGACACAAUAUCCUACUGCAGUUUCAAGAUUUUGAGACAGAGAAAUCAUUUGAUACAGUACAAAUACUUGUUGGUGGACGCACAGAAGAUAAUGCUGUCAAUCUUGCAACAUUGUCUGGAAAAAUGGAGCUCAGCAGCAAAUUGUUUGUGUCUGCAUCAAAUUUCAUGAUAAUUAAGUUCAGCACUGAUGCUUCAGUGGAGAAAAAAGGAUUCAGGGCAUCAUGGAAGACUGAACCGCAAACAUGUGGGGGAACAGUACGUGCAACAAAUCAACCGCAAGCUCUGACAUCUCCUGGUUAUCCUCAAGAUUAUCCUGGUGGCCUUGAAUGCCUAUACAUUAUUACAACACAGAUGGGACGUGUUAUAACACUUGAGAUAGAAGAUUUGGACUUGGAAGUUGAACGUGAUUAUAUUCUAAUUAGAAAUGGUGACAGUCCUAAAAGUCAGCUUAUAGAGAGGCUAACUGGUUCCAAAGAAGACAAUCCACCAGUCAUAGUAUCAACAGAAAACAAGUUAUAUCUGUACUUUAAAACAAGUCUUGGAGACUCCAGGAGAGGGUUUAAAAUUAAUUACUCACAAGGAUGCAAAGCAACACUUAUAGCUGAAAAUGGCACAAUAUCUUCGCCUGCAUUUGGAAUUACAAAUUAUCCUAGCAAUCAAGAAUGCUUGUUCAAAUUGAAAAAACCGGGUGGUGGCCCACUUUCUCUAAAAUUUGAGAAUUUUACUGUGCAUCAGUCUGAUUUUGUGCAGGUGUUUGAUGGUUCAAGCAUUAGUGGCCUGCGAUUGCAUCCUGGCAAUGGUUUCACAGCAAAUGCUGUACCUCGCAUUACACUAACUGCAUCCAGCGGAGAAAUGUUGGUUAGAUUUGUGACUGAUGCUUUGCAUAACAGUUUGGGUUGGAAAGCUACAUUUUCUGCAGAUUGCCCAAUUCUUCAGCCAGGUUUAGGUGCCUUAGCUUCGAGCAGAGAUACAGCAUUUGGCACACAGGUGACAUUCACCUGUCCUGUGGGUCAGGAAUUUGCCACUGGACGUUCACGUAUCACAACACAGUGUAUGCUUGGUGGAAACUGGUCUGUUGACUACAUCCCACCAUGUCAAGAGGUUUAUUGUGGUCCUGUGCCACAGAUAGAUAAUGGAUUUUCUAUUGGUGCCACAAAUGUUACCUAUCGUGGAGAGGCAACAUAUCAGUGUUAUGCGGGCUUUGCAUUUCCUUCAGGACAGCCACUAGAACGUAUAUCUUGUUUGGCAGAUGGUCGAUGGGAACGAUUGCCAACUUGCUUAGCAUCUCAGUGUGCACCUUUGCCAGAGUCUCCUCACGCUAAUACAACAAUACUAAAUGGAGGCGGUAGAAGUUAUGGUACUAUUGUUAGAUAUGAAUGUGAACCUGGCUACACACGUAGUGGUCAUCCUGUUAUUUUGUGUAUGAGCAAUGGAACAUGGUCUGGAAAUGUACCAACAUGUUCACGUGUUCGCUGUUAUAACUUUCCUUCUAUAAAGAAUGGAUUUAUAACUGACAUCUCCAGGGAGUAUUACUAUGGAGAUGAGGCUCGAGUACAGUGUCACAAGGGCUACAAGUUGAUAGGUUCAAAUAUAAUGCAAUGCAGCAGUAAUCAGGAGUUUUUGAAUCCCCCAACCUGUGAAGAUGUUAAUGAAUGCUCCAACAGUCAGUGUGAUUUAGCAUCAAGUGAAUGUAUCAACACUCCGGGAUCAUUCCAUUGCCGCUGUCGCAAAGGAUUUUCACCAAACUUGGAAUGCCGGCCUGUCACUGAUUUGGGACUUACCACUGGAGGAAUCCCUGAUGAAGCUAUUACUGUAUCAGGCAGCGAACCAGGAUAUAAUAAGAAUAUGAUCCGCUUGAAUAAUCCUGAUGGAUGGUGUGGGAACAGUGUAGAACCAGACAACAACUGGGUUCUUCUUGAUCUUCGAGCUCCUACUAUUAUCAGAGGCUUCCGCACUCAGACUGUGCCUCGUGCUGACGGCAAUCUUGCUUUUACUUCAGGUUUGAGAAUACAGUACACUGACAAUUUAACAGACAUUUUCCGUGACUACACAAAUCCAGAUGGUACACCAGUGGAGUUCCGAGUUUUGGAACCCACACUGUCAGUACUUAACUUGCCGGUGCCUAUUGAGGCUCAGUACGUACGCUUCAGAAUCCAGGAUUAUGUCGGUGCCCCUUGCUUGAGACUUGAAGUCAUGGGAUGCACUAGGCUGGAGUGUGCUGACAUAAACGAAUGUUUGGACAAUAAUGGUGGCUGUGAUCAAAAGUGUAUUAACAGCCCAGGAAACUUUAGCUGUGUGUGCAACAUUGGGUAUGAGCUUUUUACUGAGAAUGGAACUGCUGGAUUUACUGUUGCGGUUUCUGAAACGGGGGAGAGGGAUGGGGACAUUUUCCAACGUAACAAGAGUUGUGUACCCGUGAUGUGUCCUGCAUUACAGGCACCAGAGAAUGGCUUGAUUUUAUCAACAAAGGAUAUGUAUCAUUUCGGAGAUCUCGUCAGCUUCCAGUGCAACUUUGGCUACGUUAUGUCUGGUUCUUCAUCAUUGCUGUGCACAUCAGCGGGUCUAUGGAAUGGCUCUGUACCAGAAUGCCAAUAUGCCCAGUGUGUGUCCCUGCCAGAUGACAAGUCAGAAGGACUCACAGUAGUGAGACAAGACCAGUCUAGUGUGUUAGUUCCAUUCAGAGAGAAUGUCACACUUACAUGUGGUAGUCCAGGCCGCACUCUGAGGAGAACGGCCACAUCUGGCUUUCGGCAGUGUGUCUAUGAUCCUCAACCUGGUCUCCCAGACUACUGGCUUUCUGGCUUGCCACCUGCAUGUCCAAGAGUAGAUUGUGGUGAACCUGAGCCAACCCCUGGGGCUGAAUAUGGAAACUACCUUGAUACAAAAUAUCAAUCAUCAUUUUUCUUUGGUUGCCAAGAUACAUUUAAAUUGGCAGGACAGACAAAUCAUCAUGACAAUGUCGUACGGUGCCAGGAAACUGGUGUUUGGGACUUUGGUGACCUAAGGUGUGAAGGCCCAGUAUGUGAAGAUCCUGGUAGACCUCCAGAUGGUUUCCAAGUAGCUCGCAGUUAUGAGCAAGGAUCUGAAGUAACAUUUGGCUGCAGUCGUCCUGGUUAUAUUCUGAUAAACCCCAGACCUAUCACUUGCUUACGUGAACCAGAGUGUCGAGUUGUGAGGCCACUGGGUUUGGCUUCUGGGAAGAUACCAGACUCAGCUAUCAAUGCAACAUCAGAACGACCAAACUACGAAGCAAGAAAUGUACGUCUGAAUUCUGUCACUGGAUGGUGUGGAAAACAGGAAGCUUUCACAUAUGUGAGUGUAGAUCUUGGCCAGGUGUAUCGUGUGAAGGCUAUCCUUGUAAAAGGUGUUGUGACAAAUGACAUUGUUGGUCGCCCAACUGAAAUACGUUUCUUCUACAAACAAGCUGAAAAUGAAAAUUAUGUUGUUUACUUCCCUAACUUCAACCUGACAAUGAGAGAUCCAGGGAACUAUGGAGAACUGGCUAUGAUUACACUUCCAAAAUAUGUUCAAGCCCGGUUUGUUAUUUUAGGAAUUGUAAGUUAUAUGGACAAUGCCUGUUUGAAGUUUGAGUUGAUGGGUUGCGAGGAGCCCGUUGUGGAACCUUUGUUGGGAUACAAUUAUGGCUACUCCCCAUGUGUUGAUAAUGAACCUCCAGUAUUCCAGAACUGCCCACAACAGCCUAUAAUUGUUCAGAAGGGACCAAAUGGUCUUGAGCCUGUCAAUUUUACUGAACCUCUGGCUGUUGACAAUAGUGGCAGCAUAGCUCGUCUGGAAGUAAAACCACAGAGUUUCCGAACACCCAUACAAGUAUUUCAGGAUAUGGUGGUGAAAUAUGUGGCAUUUGAUUAUGAUGGCAAUGUUGCCAUUUGUGAAAUAAACAUUACAGUUCCAGAUGACACACCACCACUACUUAGCUGUCCUCAGAGUUACGUCAUUGAGCUUGUUGACCGACAAGAUAGUUAUGCCGUCAAUUUCAAUGAUACACGACGUCGUGUAAAUGUGUCUGAUGCAUCUGGGGAAGUUACUGUGAGAUUUAUACCUGAAAGGGCAACUAUUCCUAUUGGAGGCUUCGAAAAUGUUACUGUUGUGGCAACUGAUAAGUUUGGAAAUGAAGCUAAGUGCCAUUUUCAGGUCGCGGUGCAAGCAACUCCUUGUGUGGAUUGGGAACUUCAUCCACCAGCAAACGGUGCACUAAAUUGUCUUCCUGGAGAGAAGGGGCUCCAGUGCAUUGCAACUUGCAAUCCAGGAUUCCGGUUCACAGAUGGAGAACCUGUAAAAACAUUUAGUUGUGAACUCAAGAGGCCCUGGACACCAACUUCCGUUGUCCCAGAUUGUGUGUCAGAAGAUACUCAGCAGGCUGACUACCAUGUUGUAUCUACAAUUACAUACAGAGCUAAUGGAGCUGUAGCAUCACUAUGCCUGUCGCAAUACGAAGACCUUGUGUCACAGUACUAUCCAAGUUUAAACAAUGUACUCACUCAACGAUGCUCAGCUGUUAAUGUGAAUAUGAAUGUUUCAUUUAUUGAUGUGAAACCGAAACUGCUGGAGGAAAAUGUUGUUCGGAUGGAUUACAUACUUGUGAUAGUACCUGCUGUACGCCAGCCACAGUUAUAUGACCUUUGUGGAUCAACACUGAACCUUAUAUUUGAUUUAUCAGUACCAUACGCAAGUGCUGUGAUAGAACCACUGCUCAAUGUAUCUGCCAUUGGGAACCAAUGUCCACCUCUGCGUGCUUUGAAGUCAAAUAUUUCAAGAGGUUUUGAUUGUAAUGUGGGAGAAGUGCUCAACAUGGACACUAAUGAUGUACCACGUUGCUUGCAUUGUCCUGCGGGUACAUUUGCUGGUGAGAAACAGAAAACAUGCACACCUUGCCCAAAAGGAUUUUUCCAGAACAGAGAUCGACAAGGUUCCUGCAUUCGCUGUCCACUUGGAACAUACACGAGGGAAGAAGGUUCUAAGAGUAUUACAGACUGUGUCCCAGUUUGUGGUUAUGGUACAUACUCUCCAACUGGCUUGGUACCUUGCCUUGAAUGUCCACGAAACAGUUACACCGGAGAGCCACCAACGGGAGGUUUCAAAGAUUGUCAGGCAUGUCCUGCAAGCACUUUUACAUACCAACCUGCAGCUCCAGGGAAGUCUUUCUGCAGAGCUAAGUGCUCUCCUGGCACCUACUCAGACACUGGGCUAGCUCCAUGUGCACCAUGUCCUCGAGAUUUCUACCAAUCACAGGCUGGCCAAACGACAUGUAUUGAAUGCCCUGGGAACAUGCGAACUAGUGGACCAGGGGCAGUUGGAAGAGAAGAAUGUGAACCUGUGCAGUGCACUGAGAAUGCCUGCCAACAUGGAGGCCUCUGUAUACCUAUGGGCCAUGGAAUUCAGUGUUUCUGCCCAGCUGGUUUCUCUGGACGCCGUUGUGAAAUUGACAUUGAUGAAUGUUCAUCACAGCCCUGCUAUAAUGGCGGUAGCUGCAUUGAUUUACCUCAAGGCUAUCGCUGUCAGUGUGCACCAGGCUACAGUGGUAUAAACUGUCAAGAAGAAAAAUCUGACUGUAGGAAUGAUACCUGUCCUGAGAGGGCAAUGUGCAAAGAUGAACCUGGAAUCAAUAAUUACACUUGUUUGUGUCGCUCUGGCUACACUGGCUUGGAUUGUGAUAUAACAAUAAAUCCCUGCACAGCUAGCGGAAACCCUUGUGCAAAUGGCGGUUCCUGUGUUGCUUUGCAACAAGGGCGAUAUCGCUGUGAGUGCUUGCCAGGUUGGGAAGGGCAGCAAUGUGAAAUUAACACAGAUGACUGUGCUGAGCGGCCUUGCCUUUUGGGUGCUAACUGCACUGAUCUCAUAGCAGAUUUCAGCUGCUCCUGCCCUCCUGGAUUCACAGGAAAACGUUGCCAUGUUAAAAUUGAUCUGUGUAGUUCAAAUCCUUGUCAGCAUGGACUGUGUGUUGACAGGCUGUUUUCACACCAAUGCAUUUGCCAUCCUGGAUGGACAGGUUCUGCAUGUGACAUCAAUAUAAAUGACUGUGCAAGUGCUCCUUGUGAGAAUGAUGGACAGUGCCUGGAUGAAGUAAAUGGCUUCAGUUGUAACUGUGAACCGGGUUACACUGGUAAAAGAUGUCAGCAUACAGUGGAUGAUUGUGCUUCAGAGCCAUGUCAGAAUGGAGCUACCUGUCAGGACACACUAGAAGGCUUUUUGUGCAGAUGCAGACCAGGAUUUGUUGGCCUACAAUGUGAGACAGAAAUUAAUGAAUGUCUCAGUGAACCAUGCAGCCCCGAAGGUACUGAAAAGUGUGUUGACCUUGACAAUAAAUUUUUAUGUCAGUGUCGUGAAGGAUUUACUGGUCACUUCUGUGAGGUGAAUAUUGAUGAUUGUGCCUCCUCUCCUUGCCUGAAUGGAGCAACUUGUAAGGACGAAGUUGGUGGAUUCCAUUGCUCAUGUCUUCCAGGGUGGACAGGGGCCCGUUGUGAGUCAGACAUUGGAACCUGUCAAGCUCAGCCUUGCCAAAAUGAUGCUCAUUGCAUCAACUUAUUCCAAGACUUUUUCUGCGUAUGUCCUUCUGGUACUGAUGGAAAACACUGUGAAACUGCACCAGAGAGGUGUAUAGGUAAUCCUUGCAUGCACGGUGGUCGCUGCCAAGACUUUGGGUCAGGUCUCAACUGUACCUGUCCUGCUGAUUACACAGGGAUCGGCUGUCAGUAUGAAUAUGAUGCAUGUGCAGCUGGAGCUUGCCAAAAUGGAGCAACUUGUAUUGAUCAUGGUCCUGGAUACACAUGCAUUUGUCCUGCAGGAUACACUGGAAAGAAUUGUGAAGAAGAUAUUGUUGACUGUAAAGAAAAUUCCUGUCCUCCUUCUGCAACAUGUAUAGAUUUGACAGGAAAGUUUUACUGCCAAUGUCCAUUCAAUUUAACGGGAGAGGACUGUAGAAAAACUAUCCAAGUGGAUUAUGAUUUAUACUUCAGUGAUCCAUCUCGCAGCAGUGCUUCCUUGGUUGUACCAUUCUACCUGGGUGCUAAAACGAGCAUGACCGUAGCAAUGUGGGUACAGUUCACACAAAAGGAUGAGGCUGGAACAUUUUUCACUAUGUAUAGUGUUAGCUCUCCUCAUGUUGUUACUGGCAAACGAGUUAUGCUGCAAGCCCACAGCAAUGGGGUUCAAGUGUCAUUAUUUGAGGACCUUCAGGAUGCAUACCUCGGAUUCCGAGAAUAUGCCACAAUUAAUGAUGGUCAAUGGCAUCAUGUAGCGAUUGUCUGGGAUGGAGAGAAAGGUGGAGAGCUGACACUCAUUACAGAAGGACUUAUUGCAAGCAAAGUAGAAGGCUAUGGCGGUGGUCGGAAAUUACCUCAACAUGCCUGGGUGACAUUGGGAAAACCGAGUGCCAGCAACCCAAGGGGAUACAUUGAAUCAGGCUUCCAGGGUCAUUUGACAAAGGUGCAGGUGUGGAACAGGGCUCUUGAUGUCACAAAUGAAAUUCAGAAACAAGUGCGCGACUGUCGAACUGAACCUGUCUUGUACCGUGGGCUAGCAUUGACAUGGGCUGGAUAUGACAUUACUGUGGGAGGUGUAGAACGUGUUGUGCCUUCACACUGCGGACAAAGACUCUGUGCUCCAGGGUAUUCAGGAGCUCAUUGCGAGCAGCUGCAGGUGGACAAGGUGCCACCUCGAGUGGAACAUUGCCCUGGAGAUUUGUGGGUGCUUGCCAAAAAUGGAUCUGCCAUUGUGACAUGGGACGAACCGCACUUCAGUGAUAAUGUGGGUGUGGUUCGUGUUGAAGAAAAGAAUGGGCAUCGUCCAGGCCAAACUCUCCUGUGGGGCACCUACACUAUUGCCUAUGUUGCUUACGACCAAGCUGGAAAUACUGCAACUUGUUCCUUUAAAGUGUAUUUGUUGGCUGACUUCUGCCCUGAACUUCCUGACCCUGUUGGUGGCACACAAUUGUGCAAAGACUGGGGAACUGGAGGACAGUUCAAAGUUUGUGAGAUUUCGUGCAACAAUGGUCUACAGUUUUCACAGGAAAUACCAAAGUUCUACACAUGUGGAGCUGAAGGUUUUUGGAGACCAACCACUAAUCCAGCACUGCCAAUGGUCUACCCAGCUUGCUCAACUUCAAAACCAGCGCAACGUGUCUUCAAAAUAAAAAUGCAGUUCCCUAGUUCUGUACUGUGUAAUUCUGCUGGACAAGGAGUCCUGAGACAGAAGGUUCGCAGUGCGGUGAAUUCUCUCAACAGAGACUGGAACUUCUGCUCGUAUUCUGUGGAAGGAACAAGGGAGUGCAAAGACCUAAAUAUUGAUGUGAAAUGCGACCACCGUUCCCGACCAGCAAGGGAUGUUAAUGAUGGCAGUGGCUCAUAUGUCCUGGGUGCUGAGGUUCCAGUUGAGCCACUGGGCAGGCAGUCUCGCCAGGCCAGCGACACUUACAACAUCGAGAUAUCCUUCCCAGCUAUCAACGACCCUGUCAUUAACUCUAACACAAAUGAGAGGUCAUCUGUCCAGCGAUUAUUGGAGAAACUCAUACUGGAGGAAGACCAGUUUGAUGUCCGUGACAUUUUACCAAACACAGUUCCAGAUCCAGCAUCACUGCAGCUGCAAUCAGACUAUGCUUGUCCACCAGGACAGGUGGUAAUGGCCCCAGAUUGUGUACCCUGUGCUGUUGGAACAUACUUUGUGAAGGAAACUCGUACAUGCUUGCCCUGUCCUGUCGGCUCAUAUCAGAGUGAAGCAGGACAGUUACAAUGCACACCUUGCCCAACAAUUGCUGGUCGCCAAGGUGUCACAGUAGGUCCAGGUGCUCGCAGUGCUUCUGAUUGCAAAGAGCGAUGUCCUGCAGGAAAGUACUUUGAUGAUGAAGCAGGACUAUGUCGCAGCUGUGGCCAUGGUUUCUACCAACCGAAUGAAGGAAGCUUCAGUUGUCUCCUCUGUGGCUUAGGAAAAACUACUCGUACUGCUGAAGCUGUUUCUCAUGAGGAAUGUCGAGAUGAAUGUGGCUCUGGCAUGCAGCUAGGUGUCGAGGGCAAAUGCGAGGCUUGCCCAAGAGGCACGUACCGCACGCAAGGUGUGCAGGCAGCGUGUGCAGCAUGUCCACUAGGGCGCACCACUCCACAACCAGGAGCAGCAACAGUAGAAGAAUGCUCACUGCCUGUGUGUCCACCUGGAACUCACCUUAACACCACUCUCAACAGUUGCGUGCCUUGCAGUAAGGGCACAUAUCAGCCAGAAGCACAGAAGACUUUCUGCAUACAGUGCCCUCCAGAUACGAGUACCAAAGGAACAGCUGCAACAAGCAAAGCUGAAUGUACCAACCCAUGUGACAUGGGAGCACCAGAAAUGCACUGUGAUCCAAAUGCCAGAUGCAUGCUGGACUCUGAAACGGGAAAUUUUGAAUGUGAAUGUAAACAGGGUUACAAUGGCACUGGAAAAAUUUGCACAGAUGUUUGUGUGGGGUACUGUGACAAUGAUGGUGUCUGUGUGAAGGAUAAUAGAGGCCAACCUUCAUGCCAUUGUAGUGGAAGUUUUACUGGUAAACACUGCAGAGAAAAAUCAGAAUUUGCCUACAUAGCUGGAGGCAUUGCUGGUGCUGUAAUAUUUGUUAUUCUAAUUGUGCUUCUGGUAUGGAUGAUAUGUGUAAGGUCAGCACAUAAGAAAGAACCAAAGAAAAUAUUGCCAGCUGCAGCAGACCAAAAUGGAUCACAGGUCAAUUUCUACUAUGGUGCACCAACACCAUAUGCAGAAUCCAUUGCACCUUCUCAUCAUUCAACAUAUGCUCAUUAUUAUGAUGAUGAAGAAGAUGGUUGGGAAAUGCCAAAUUUUUACAAUGAAACAUACAUGAAAGAAAGUCUUCAUAAUGGAGGAAAGAUGAACAGUCUGGCACGAUCAAAUGCCAGCAUAUAUGGCAAUAAAGAUGAUCUGUAUGAUCGAUUAAAACGCCAUGCUUAUCCAGGAAAGAAAGAUAAAAGUGACAGUGAUAGUGAAGGCCAGUGACAGUGAAUGAAAACAAAAACAGAAUUGUCUCCCCUCUUCUGGUCACAAAAAUGCUCAAUGAUUGUGAAAGGCAGAGAGACAUGCCUUGCUUCAAGUGUCUGUAUUUAAACAGAUGAAGGCUGAUCGCUAACAUUGAGUUUACACAAGUGAAUUGAACUUCUCUGUUGAAGUCAAGUGGGUAGUGUUUCUGAGUGGUGUGUGUGUGUGUGUGUGUGUGUGUGUGUGUGUGUGUGUUUGCAACUUUGCGUAUCCACAUAAGUGGGUUAUAAGUGUGUUCUUGCCCUAAUGAAGGUGUAUGUGCUCAAACUAUAAAUAGCUUUAAACUCUGUCUUUGCGAUCAGUCAAUGUUUGUAUAGACUGGACAAUAUGUGAGUGAAUGAAUUGUGCAGUCUAUUAAAAUCAAUGUUCUACAGUACUGACUGUUUACAAGUGAAAAAGUGCAAGUGUGAUAUGCAUGAUGACUUAGUAUGCAUUUAUAUACAUAUACAUAAAUAUAUAUAAUAUACAA